AUGGGAGAACAUCUCUGCAAGUAUGGAUGGACGGAGGAUUAUACCCGGUGGAUCUACCACGGCGAGGGCGGACGAGUGAGAGAGGAGGCGGUGAGAGCACGCGUCGAGGAGUUUGAUGCGGAUGCUGGGGUAGCGGACAUGAUAGAGGACUAUCACGAGGCACAAUUUGCUGAAGGGUGUAUGGAGGAGGAGCCAGAGGCAAGCGCGAAGUCGUUCUAUGACAUGUUUGCCGCUGCGUUGAAACCCGUUCAUAGGCAUAUAGAUGUUUCUCAAUUGGAUGCCAUUGGACGCGUAAUAGUGUUGAAGUCGCAGUUUCAUCUGAGCAGAGACGCCUUCGAUGCUAUGUUGACGGUUUUUGCCAGUCUACUUCCGGAGGGUCACAUUCUGCCGAAGAGUAUGUAUGAGUCACAGAAACUCCUGCGCGCACUCAAGAUGCCGUAUGAGAAGAUUCAUGCUUGUUCGAAUGGAUGUGUAUUGUUCCGUAAAGAAUACGCGGAUGAUAAAUACUGUCCUAAGUGCAAAGCUUCUAGGUACAUUGAGGUUGACUCAGAUGAUGGCCACAAGAAGCAGCUUAACAUCCCCGUCAAAAUCUUGCGGCAUCUUCCUUGCAUACCGAGGAUCCAACGGUUAUACAUGAGCGAAGAGUAUGCGAAGCAGAUGAGAUGGCACAAAACUGGUAAACGGUACACUCGUGACAAGAUGGUGCAUCCGUCCGAUGGUGAAGCAUGGAGACAUUUUGAUCGCAUGCAUCCUGAGAAGGCUAGAGAUGCCCGUAAUGUGCGUGUUGCGUUGACAACGGAUGGAUUCAAUCCUUAUGGUGAAUUGUCUGCCCCAUACACAUGUUGGCCGGUGUUUGUUAUACCACUCAACCUUCCUCCCGGAGUAUGCUUUCAGCGACAGAAUGUAUUGUUGUCUUUGAUCAUUCCUGGACACCCGGGGACUAAAAUGGGUGUGUUCAUGGAGCCUCUCAUUGAUGAGUUGAUCCGUUCUUGGGAAGAAGGUGUGUUGACAUACGAUCGAGCUACAAAGACAAACUUCAAGAUGCAUGUGUGGUACUUGUACUCCCUGCAUGAUUUUCAAGCGUAUGGGGUAUUUAGUGGCUGGGAUGUCCAAAGUAAAUGUCCAUAUCCAGUUUGUAAGGAGGAUCUUCCGUUCGAGUGGCUGCGGAAGGGUGGCAAGUACUCGUCGUUCGACAAACAUCGACAAUUCCUACCUCUUGACCAUCCAUUCAGAUUGGAUCGCAAGAAUUUUACCAAAGGUGUCACCGUGACAGAGCUUGCACCUCCUAUCAUGACCAGCGCCGAAGUUCGUCGGUAUGUAGAUGGUCUUGUGGUCAAACCACAAGGUGGCUUUGAGGGAUACGGUCAGCAACAUUUCUGGACUCAUAAGUCUGGUUUGACUCGAUUGCCCUAUUAUGAUGAUCUUCUUCUUCCACAUAACAUUGAUGUAAUGCAUACUAAAAAGAAUAUUGCUGAGGAUAUUUGGGGAACACUCAUGGACAUUUCCGGUAAGACAAAGGACAACGUUAAAGCUAGACUGGACAUAGCAACGUUGUGUGAUAGACGGAAACUGGAGAUGCAGCCUCCUGGUCGCGAUGAGGAGGAGGAGGAGGAGGAGGAGGUGGAGGAUGAGGUCCAGGAGGAGACACAUCGGGAGACGGUCCUUGAGGAGGAGGAGGAGGAGGAGGAGACGAUAGAGGAUGCUUCUGGUUCUGGCGUUACCUCCAACGUCUACUUAAGUGGAGUUGGGUCAAAGUGGCGCCUGGAAGCCACAAGCGCCACGUGA